UUUGGCGCCAUACGGCGUCGUCUGCUGGCUCUACUGUACUCAGUUCUCAGCUCUCUGCACUUUUCUUUUGCUUUUCCAGCAGCAGAAGCAGCAAAGGCCGACAAACGCGACCGCGACGCGAUUCGACUCGACCAAAAGCCAAGAGCCAAGAGCCCAAAGCCAAAAGGCAGGCGGCCAACUAGUUUUUCCUCAGUUCCUCCUUUUGGCUUAUAUUGUAUGUUGUUUAGUGUGCCAUUGGCGCUACCAACGUGCGGUUCGUUCUUGCGGUUUCGUGGCAGUUUCGGGCUUUAUUCAAAAGCCAACCAAAUCGCGUCUACUUCGUCGGCCCAAGAAGAAGGCAAGGAGCAAUCGCUGUUGACCCGUAAAACGAAACUAGCCAGAUCUAGAUUUUGCGUAGCCCAAUCCCUUAAAGUUCUUUGAACUUUUGACAAGACAAGGCUCCUGGCGGUUGUAUAACCCCAGUUUUUUGGUUGCACUUUAAAUGCAAUUACUUGAAUUUUAAUGGGCGCUAUUGAUUAUUUUACUUCCCCGGCGGUUUAGAGUAGGGGGGCGGGAACGAGUUGGAUCGAGUCAAUGUCUUUUCUGUCGCCCACACUGCGCUUGGAGAAUCUGGCCACGCAGCCCAUCAUGACGCAGGAUCAUGUGCCCGAGGACCAGCGCUACAACAAACAGAAUAUAGUGGCCCAAUGGUGUGUCCCCAUCAAUGGCAAGAUGUACCGCAUCGAGCUGGAACAUGGCACAACUAGUGGGCGGCGCAUGAUUUGGGUCAAUGGUCGGGAGGUGCUGCGACGCGACUGGAUGUUCAAGCUGGUCGGUGAGGACACCUUUCACAUCGAUCAGUCCCGCUGCAUUAUACGCGUUGAUCCAGCACCUGGCUUCAAGUACGAGUACUCCCUGUACAUCGACGGCAAGUCGCACGACCAGUACACAGAGGACGUCACACGUCAGUACCGGCUCUGGCUCAGCACUGGCCACUCUUCGAGCACCUCCGAAACACCCGCCCAGGAGUAUCGAAUAAUGCUCAAGCUGGACACGCUGAGUCUGUACGUGAACGAUGACCUGCGCGAGGAGGAGUCUGUUUUCGUUCACGGCGGCACGGACACCAAGUUCAUGCUGCAGGACACGGAAUUCGUGCUGCAGGCACGCUCAAGUGGCAAUAAACAUGAUGGCAUUGUUCACACUCUGCUGGCCAACGGAGUGCCCGUGCCAGAGGCAAAGAUUCAGGAGAUUAUGCAAGAGCCCGUCUCCAUACUGCAGAAUAAUUGAUCCAUGAAUCGAUGCGAUACGAUACAAUACGAUAAUGUUUUGCAUUUGUUGAUUUUUUUCUCACUGUCAAUUGUUAAUAAAUAAAUACUGAAAAAUUAAAACAGA